AUGUCUACCGUCUCAACAGCAACACACCCUACGCCCACACCACCGCCACCAUCCUUCUCCAAAAUCGGCUCAAGUACAUCAUUCUACACUCCGCAGUCAUACGCCACCGGCGAACUCAUCAUUCUAUGCACAUGGCUUGGCGCCGCUCGGAAACAUAUCGACAAGUACAUCGCAUCCUACCGCACUAUCGCUCCUAAUGCCAAGAUCCUGCUCGUACAAAGCGAUGUGGCAACAGUCACAAGUUCCUAUCCCAAACAGCGGAAAGCCAUCAUGCCGGCUGUCGAAGUAGUGUGCGCGGUGUUGAAAGAAUGCACUUAUUCAACAUCUACCACCGUCUCCUCAAUGGAUGAUACCACAAAGAAGCACCAAGGUCCCAGAAUUCUCCUCCACACUUUCUCAAACGGCGGUCCAAUCUCCGCCACUGCACUGCUCCUCGCUCUUCACACUCAUAUUUCCCUGCCUCUGCCCCUAGUUGGUAUCAUCAUGGACUCCGGACCCGCGGCAGGAUACUACUGGAAGUCCUACAACGCCAUGGUUCUCUCUCUACCACCAGGUGUCUUGCGAUCGGCGGGUUAUGUUUUCGUACAUGGUAUCCUUCUUGGCUUGUUCGCUAGUGUAGUAUUAGGACGGUAUGAGUACCCUGAAGUCUUAGUUCGCCGGACGCUGUUAGACGAGACCUUCGUUUGCGGAAUGGAGAAAGAUGCGGGAAGGAGAAUAUGCUAUUUGUACAGCAAGGCUGAUCGUAUGACGGACUGGAAGGAUGUUAUUGAGCAUGCGGAUAUGGCGAGGGAGAAAGGGUGGGAUGUUGGAGAAGUUGUGUUUGAGGGAACAGCACAUUGCAAUCACUUUGCGAAGAAUGAAGAGAUGUAUGUCGGGGAGAUGAAGAGAAUGUGGGAUGGUCGAGCGUUCGAACAAUGA